UUUACAUUUGAUAUCCACUCUGUGGCUGGACCGCGGGAUCGUCACGCACACGGCGCGUGUAGCGUAUUAUUUUCGGAAUUCUUUAUUUAUUUUCUCCGUUUCAUUUGUGUUUAUCUAUUAAUCUUAUCACACGUGGCGUUCUCCUAAAGUUAGCGUAAGAAUUACCUGUACACUUAGCGAAUAAUCGCCAGUGGUUUAAUUACUUAAUUUACGGCUUGAAGACAUGAACAUUUGAGCAGCUCGUAUUGCAUCCUAUAACUCAGUUACAGUAAUAAGGAGUCUCCGUGCCGUUAUACCAUACCGAACGCAGACAUGGUUGUGCUGAGGAAACUCGUGCCGCUGGCGAACAAUGGACUGCGGACUAAAGGAAAUCCGUUCCGGCCGCUGCUCUCCUGCGCCCCAGUGGGCAUGGUGGGCUGGGACCGCGGCGCGCACUCCCAGGACAUCACCAAGAACAUCCAGUACAUCUCCAACGAGAAGAUGAAGCUCACAGCCGACCCUAACACUAUGAAACUCGACAAGCAGAUCAAUCGUCCCCUCUGCGUAAUGAUCAACUGGCUCCUCGCACGUCAGAAGCACGUCAUGAAAUACGCAACGCUAUACCUGGAGCAAGGGUUUGACGUGCUCAGCGUGUCGUGCACGCCGUGGCAGCUCAUGUGGCCUGUUAAGGGAUCGCAGCUGGUAGCGGGCGACCUGCUGAAAUUCAUCACCGCGAACGACUCUCACUCGACGCUGACGGUGCACGGGUUCUCCGUCGCGGGCUACAUGUGGGGCGAGCUGUGCGUGCACGCCCUGAGGGACCCUAAAACUUACCAACCCGUCCUGGAUCGCGUGUCAUGCCAAGUAUGGGACUCGGCGGCCGACAUCAGUGAGAUCACCAUCGGGGUGCCCAAGGCCGUGUUCCCCAAGAACCACAUCAUGCAGAAGACCCUCAGGGCCUAUAUGGAAUACCACAUGAAGGCGUUCCAAGAGGCAGCGACCCGCCACUACAUCCGCUCGUCGCAGAUGUUCCACACCAACCCGUGCCGCGCGCCCGCGCUGUUCCUGCUGUCCCGCUCCGACCCCGUCGGCGCCGAGGACAGCAACCGCGCCGUGCACGACAGCUGGCUGGGGAUGGGCACCAAGUGCACCUGGAAGUGCUGGGACAAGUCCCCGCACGUGCAGCACUACAUCCACCACCCGAAGGAGUACUUGGCCGCGUUGUACGAGCACCUCGACAAGUACGGGCUCGUCUCCCAGCCCGAGAAGAUGCGCAUGCGGUUAUAACUCGAGGAGAAGUGAAGCUUAUGUCCAGGAAAUAAGAUCUAGAAUAAAACGGUAAUACAGGAUGACAUGUAUAGUCGACGUCGAAGGUAAUUCGUUAGGUGACAACCAAAAUUCACUAAUUGCAAAAUAGCUUUUCAGUAGAGUUGUUUGUUUACACCACGUUGCUUGCUGAGUUGCCUAAGUAAGGUACGAGAUUGAAAAGCUUGAUUAUAUCACUAUUGUAUACAAUUCUUUUCUACAAGUCAACUACAAUAAUACAUUUUCUACUAUAAAGCUUAAAUAAUUAACCACAAUUCGGUAUCUCAGUAAAUAAAGAGAGUACAAAAGACACCAACGCACUUUUUAUUCAUUAAAUAGUAGCGCGUUGAUGUCUUUUGUUAUAUUCUUUGGCGACACGUGUUUGGUCGAAUUCAUUACAGUUGACUAAAGUGUUUCGUAACAAGUUAUUAUAGUUGAGCGGUCAGCCCACAGUGAUGUAUGCGAACAGUUUGGUAUAUGAAGUCUUAAUUCAUCCAUUAAAGUCGACGAGUAGAAAAAAAUAGUUAAAUAAAUCAACCUUGUUUUAUUACUAGUACAAUUCGCUACGGCUCUGAAGUUUUUGUAGUAAUUAUGGAUUUUCAUAAUCAACUGCCGAUUAUGCUUACAUAUGCACCUUUCUGAUCUUUAAUAAGACUACCGAUUCUAUAGAAAGGAAACGACUGACGAUACUAAGGUCGAUUUUAAAGAUAUAUCAUAUUUCCCGGACAUAAUGUGUACUUUAGCUGCUGAGAAUAUUAAUCAUCUACAUUGAAACUCCUAUGUAGAACUGCAGUUUGUACAACGGAUGAAGACUGGCCAGAGAGUCGUGUUCAAAAAAGCCUGGAAAUAAAGUUAUAUUAUGAAAUGACAGCUUAUUUGAAAGGCAAAAUUAUUACAAUUAGACAAAAUACCUUUUGGCACGACUCGCUGGCUAAAUGUUUUUGAUUUAGGAGUCUGAGGCCCAUCUCGUGAAAAGUCACAGUCCUUUUGAAAAGUUGGACUACAGAUUCAAUUUCUAGAAAAAGUUAAUUUACUUGGUCAAAGAGAUAUGGUAUUAUUUUUGACCUAUUUUAAUGGCAAUCAUGAUCUCUAAAUUAUAUAAAAAAAUAUAUUAGCAAUCAAUUUUGUACGGACUGUGACUAUGAAAAUGUAGUGUAGAUGUAAUGAAGAGAAUUUGAAAUAGAGGUGUAUUGUCAAUGAAAACUUUGUAGCCACAGUAAAUUUACUGCCAUCUUUCGACACAUUAUUAAAACUUUUAGAACGCCAUUUGACUUUGAUCGUUAUUCUUUCACUGAUAUGUGUUCAAUUUGUUAAAUAUCAAAAAGUGGCGCCAUCUUACGGGCAUCGGCUAACUUUUAUGGCGCUAUCGCUCGAAACGAUGCCGCCAUACCUUCGUCCUUUGAUCUAUUAGAUGGCGCUACUUUUUGAUAUUUAAGAAAUUUUACACAUCUGGGUAAAAUAAUAAGGAUCAAAGUCAAAUGGCGUUGUAAAAGUUUUAAUCAUGUGUCGAAAGAUGGCAGUAAAUUUACUGCGGCUACAAAGUUUUCUUUAACAAUCCACCUCUAUUUCAAAUCCUCUUUGGUAGUAAUAAAGCCUGUUUGUAUUUUGGAGAAGUGACAAUUUUAAUUGUAGUUUUUCUUACUAUAAAUGAUUUAAGGAAUAUUUCUGACAGCUCAAUUCUAAAUUAACUAUAUUGAAAUUUUAUUCCUUAAACUCUUAGGCCCACUUGCACCAUCCCACUAACCCGAGGUUAAGCGGUUAAACCGUUAACCUAGAGUUAAAUUCUACUGGUAACCAUGGUAACUCCAGGUUUAACUGGUUAACCCCCGGUUAGUGGAAUGGUGCAAGUGGACCUUAUUCUACUAAUUUUUGUAAGUUGUUUAAAACGGUUUAGGCCUAAUUGCUUGCGUCAGUAAAUGCACCUUAAGAUUUCAAACGAUUUAGUGCAAUAAGUAUACUUGUUUGACUAAGUUUUCUAUACGAUAUCCUAUUUUUAAUUCCUACGCCAUCGUUUUUCUGAUAAUAUAACCUUUUGGACGCCUAAAAUUGUGACAAGUUUUCCCUUCAACACAUAGAUACAUGUUCAGUAAAUAUUGCCUGGCUAUGCCGAGGUUUUCCCGAGGGACUACAGUAUGGGGUUCUUCAAAAAAGGAGUGUACAGGUUUUUAAAGGGUCGGCAACGCGCAUGUAACCUUUGAAGUUGCAGGCGUCAAUAGGCUACGGUGACUGCUUACCAUCAGACGGGCCGUAUGCUUGUUUGUGACCGACUUGGUAUUCAAGAACAAAGUAAAAUAAAGGCGCUCAAAACACGGCUAUAUCGUCAGGAAAUUAUAAAUAUAAACGUAGGGUCGUUCGAUUUUGCGAAUUUAUUAUUGUCGUUCACUGAACUGGUCCCUGAACAUGAAAAAAAAACAGUUUUCAAUGAAAGUUGGGACAGCCGGGAAUAAAGUAAAGAAUAUAGAAAUAGUUAUUUGUGCAACAAGAGAGGAAAGUUCGUUUUUCUUACGUGUUGAUUUUGAGAUUCUAAUUUAGAAUCCUUCGCUUACUCGAGACUCAAAAACACAUUUAAAAUAACUUUGCUCUCGUGUGACACAUACAACUUUUCACCUCAGUAG